UUGUUACGUAUUGAAAUAGUGCGCCGCCUUAAUCGAUAAAAAAAAAAACAACUGUUGCGCACAUUGAACGCCAACGAUUAAUUGUGCACGUUAAUCGAUAGUUUCACAUGCCGAUGUUUCAUUAAUAGCAUCGAUAACAUUUGCCAGCAGUCGUAGUUCGUGUCGGGUAUUGUUUUUAUUUUUAUUAAUUUGUAACAUUUCAUCUGUUAAUUGCUUAAUUGGUCGUUGUUAAAAGUAUUGCAAUAAAAAGAGCGAAAUAUUCUUUGCCGUGCGCAUAACCGCAGCGGUUCCUUGUGCCUUCGAAAGCUAAUUAAAUUACACAAAGACAAAGCAUCUUCUUGUCUGUGUCGACGUCAUUGCUAUUUUCGUACAAAAACAUUCUUUUACAUACAUAAUGGAACAACAGCAAAAACAACAACAACAAGUGGCGCCUGAGGUGGCUGCAGCAACCGCAGCUCUCGAGGAGGAGCAACUGGACAUUGAGGACAGCAUGAAGCAUUGCUUUGAGAACCUCAUUGUCAUCGACGUGGGCGCCAAUUUGACCAACAAAAAGUAUAGCCGUGAUCUGGAUUCCGUUGUCCAAAGGGCAAGAGACGCAGGUGUUCAGAAAUUAAUGGUACACGGCACUUCGGUCAAAUCGAGCAAGGAAGCGCUGCGGCUUUCGCGCAUUUAUCCCGACAUUAUAUACUCGACUGCUGGCAUACAUCCGCACGACUCAAAGUCCAUUGUGGAGGAGCCGUCCACAUGGUUCGACUUUGAGCACAUUGCACAGGCGCAGGAGUGCGUGGCGAUUGGUCCGUGUGGCCUGGACUAUCAGCGCGACUUCUCCGAGCCGGAUGUGCAAAAACAGAUAUUUGCCAAGCAAUUGCACUUGGCAAUACGUCUGAAAAAACCUCUGCUAAUACACGAGCGAUCGGCUCAGCACGAUGUACUCGAAAUACUCGACACAUUCGAGAAUCUACCGCCUGUGAUUAUCAGAGGUUUUAUGGGCACAGCCGAGGAAGCACUCAAGUAUCUGGAUCGCAGAUUCUACAUCAGCUUAACUGGUUAUCUGUGCAAGGACAAGUCAGAUACAGGCGUGCGCCGGCUGCUCGACAAUGGCACCCUGCCACUGGACAGACUGCUGGUGGAAACCGACGCGCCAUUCAUGUACCCAAAUACGAGAGCCUCCAAACUGCCACAGCAUGUAAAGAGUGGCAUUACAGAACGCUCAUUGUUGUACUUACACAGAUAUUGCACCUUUCAACGUAAUGAGCCGUGCAGCCUGCCGGCAAUUGUGGAAAUGAUUGCUGCCUUCAUGAAGAAAACGCCGGAUGAGGUCGCCCUGGCCACUGCCUUCAAUGCCUUAAAGCUGUUCGGCUUGUCCUAGAUGGUGCCCAGCACUUUAAGCAAUUUAAACAAGCCUGAGAUUCACGACAGACUCACAUCAUGUGCCUUAUAACCUAAUCGAAUUCAGGAUGUGCUAAACCCUGACCCAAAAACACAUACAUACACACACACGAGCUAUACCCAUACACAACUACGACGCAUUCGCAUGCGACUUGCAAGAAAAA